GACGGGUCACAGAUGACAAGAGAGGAAGAUUUACCAAACCUACGCCCUCGUUGAAUGCUUCUAGCUGGAGAGAACUAUCUUUCUAUCGACAUUCACAAAUUUGUUCGUUUUUUGAUAUUACGAGAUGAAGGGAAGCCCACUCCACUAAAGGACUUCGUAAUUGUUGAUGUAAAUGAUCCACCUCAGUAUGCAAAGGAACAUAUCAUAACAGCACAACACUUCAACCGUUUUCUUCUCUCUCGUAGCCAUUUUGAAACGCCUCUGCUGGCGGAUGCUCGUCUUGAGAACCGCACUCUGGUCAUCUACGGUGAAUCUGCAAAUACCGUAACCGCAGCACUGCAUCAAAGAGGUUACUCAGCGGUGUUCUUAUGCGGAACCAUACCAUACUUCAAGAGUUUCUACCCGAAGGGUCUCACAACAAAAAAAUCUGCUAGUGCCUUCGAUAUACCAACACUUGAAAAGGCGUUGGAAGCAAAAAUAGCUUCUGACCGAGGUGGCAGAUUAUGGCGAAGCACUUCUGCAUCACGGAUUCGAAGCGUGAGCAGUAAAAAAUCUUCCUCUACGACGAAGAGCAAAGCUCCUUGGAAAUUUUGA